AUGCCUUUAAUUCGGAAACGAAGAGCACCCGACCAAGUCGACCCGGACGACUCAGGCGCCGAAGCCUCAACCCGCCAGAGACCACGCGCAAGCUCAUCCCCAGAAGCAGAGAUAUCCGACGAAGACCAUGGCGCAUCCUCAACAAACGCAAUGAUCCAAAAAAUGGUGCGCCUCGCCCUCUCAAGCGAGUACUCCCGCCUCCCCAUCCGCCGCGCAGACAUCAGCGCCAAAGUCCUCGGCGAGCAAGGCUCGCGUCAAUUCAAAACCGUCUUCGACAGCGCGCAGCGCGAACUGCGAGACAAGUUCGGCAUGGAGAUGACGGAGCUUCCGGCCAGGGAGAAGGUAACGAUUACGCAGCGACGAGCGGCCCAAAAAACAGAUAAACCGUCCAGCACCAACAAAUCCUGGAUCUUGACUAGUACCCUCCCGCCUGCGUUCCGCACGCCGGCUAUCUUACCGCCUACGAAAGCGCCCUCCUCUACUACGGAGAGCACAUACACGGCUUUGUACAGCUUUAUCAUCGCCGUCAUCUCGUUGAAUGGUGGUACGCUCGGCGAACAGAAGCUUGAACGGUACCUUGCGCGUAUGAACGCCGAGACAUACACGCCGAUUGACCGGACGGACCGGUUCCUGGCGCGGCUGUGUAAGGAGGGAUACCUGGUUCGCACGCGGGAGAUGGAUGGAGGCGAGGAGAUUAUUGAGUACAUGGCUGGGCCACGUGGGAAGAUUGAGGUUGGGACGAGUGGUGUUUCGGGGCUUGCGAGGGAGGUUUAUGGGUUUUCUGGUGGCGGGGAGUUGACGCGCGCGGAGCAGAAUGAGAGGGAGGAGUUUGAGACCAGGUUGAAGAGGAGUCUGGGUAUUGCGGAGAUGACCAGAGAGGGAGGCGAGGAGGAGGAGGAGGAGGAGGAGGCACGGGUUAAUGGAGAGGAGCGGAGGCAGAGUGAAGGGCCGAGGAGGUCUUCGAGGCGUGCUGCUGCCAGUGAUAGUUCGGAGGAGGAAAGUAGUGAUAGUGAUUGA